CUGCAGUCCACCCUGAUGGAGGCCUCCAAGGGUGUCACGGAGGGCACCAAUGCCGAAUAUAAGAGGCUUAUGAACUCGUGUGUGUCCUUUCUCAGAGGCCUCCAUCUCUUGGGGCCGAGUGAGGAUUUUUUCAGCAAAAAGCCACGGCGUGAUAUGCCGUGGUUGAUUGUGGCAUGGAUAAUGAAC